UCCAGGCCCCACUUCACAAAACUCUGAAGAAAAAUCGGGUACAGAAAGGAGAGGGUGGGCAGGGAAAGCUGGACAGGCCCUCUCACCUUCUUGCUGGGUCUAAACCCUAGGUGUUGGGUUAGUGGUGCAGAUUGACUGGCCUGCUUCCCUCCCAGACAAAGUUCUCAGCUCUAGGUCUUGCACCUGGGAGGCCACCCUCAGAGUGAAGGCCCUGGUCCUCCAAGCUGGCAGGACUUGCUUAUAAAAAGUGGGAGAUGGUGGGCCCACUGUGAAUGCAGGUGAGGGUGCUCCAGGGAUUCUGGGCCUGAAUUCAGACGGCUGCAUUAUCACUGUGGGCUCCAAGAGGGCCCAGGCCUCAAGCACCUCCAGGCCGGACGUUAAGACCGAUGCGGGGGCCCCAGCAGCUCCUUCUCUUUGCCCCCUCCGCUCCAACUCCCCACCCUGAGAGCUCUCUCCUUUCUUCUGGGCUCUUCUGGGGCCUCCGGGUGUAGGGAUUGCUGCUCAGUGCCAGACCAGGAAGCAGCUCUGGCCUCCUGAGAGCUUGGCUCUAGGUCCAGGAAAAGGGGUUCCAGCCGCUGGGACAUUCUCCGCCCUCACCCCCAACCAGGCGGGAGUCUAAAUGAACCAUCUGGAAGGGAUCUUGCUAGGGGGUGGGAGGAGAAGCAGCCCCUGGGAAGGAGAAGGGGGUGAUUCCAGGCGGAACCCAGCCUGCGAGGUGUCACUUUUCUUUCCUGCGGACCCGUCACUACUGAUAAAUGGGACUAAGGCAGAGAAAGAAGGAAAACCUCCGAGGUCAGCGUGGGGCGAAAUGGAGCUCUCCGAGGGCCCAAGGGCCCAGGAGGACGCGGUGCCCUCUGGCAAGGCCGGAGUGCGUAGGGCAGUGAACACCUUUCCCGCCGCAGUGGACCACCUGCAGGGCCUGUAUGGUCUCAGCGCUGUGCAGACAAUGCACAUGAACCACUGGACGCUGGGGUACCCCAACAUGCACGAAAUCACCCGCUCCACCAUCACGGAGAUGGCGGCUGCGCAGGGCCUUGUGGACGCGCGCUUCCCCUUCCCGGCUCUGCCCUUCACUACUCACCUGUUCCACCCCAAGCAGGGGGCUAUUGCUCACGUCCUCCCAGCCUUACACAAAGACCGGCCCCGUUUUGACUUUGCCAAUUUGGCGGUGGCCGCCACGCAAGAGGACCCCCCUAAGAUGGGAGACCUGACCAAGCUCAGUCCCGGGCUGGGUAGCCCCAUUUCGGGCCUCAGUAAAUUGACUCCGGACAGAAAGCCCUCCAGAGGGAGAUUGCCGUCUAAAACGAAAAAAGAGUUUAUUUGCAAGUUUUGCGGCAGACACUUUACCAAAUCCUACAAUUUGCUCAUCCAUGAGAGGACCCACACGGAUGAGAGGCCGUACACGUGUGACAUCUGCCACAAGGCCUUCCGGAGGCAAGAUCACCUGCGGGAUCAUAGGUAUAUCCAUUCCAAAGAAAAGCCCUUCAAAUGUCAGGAGUGUGGGAAAGGAUUUUGUCAGUCUAGAACUCUAGCUGUUCACAAAACUUUACAUAUGCAGGAAUCUCCACACAAAUGUCCCACAUGUGGAAGAACCUUUAAUCAGAGAAGUAAUCUGAAAACUCACCUUCUCACCCAUACAGACAUCAAGCCCUACAGCUGCGAGCAGUGCGGCAAAGUGUUCAGGCGAAACUGUGAUCUGCGGAGGCACAGCCUGACUCACACCCCGAGGCAGAACUUCUAGCGAAGCCCAGGAGUGUUCCGUGCGGCCACCGCCGCUCCCUCCCCCAGACACCUCUACACGCCUCCCACCCUGAGGGGCCCACCCCACCUUCCAAUGACCCCAGCUCUUCCCCGGCUGCAGCCGCACCUGCAGUUCCAGGGAGUUAACUGUUCUUCCGGAGAACUCGAACUAUAUAGAAAGCCACACACUACCCCCUUCACAGAACAUAUGCUAGAUCCUUGUAGAUAUACACAGCUCAUUUUAGAGCUCUGUACAUAAUAUCGUGGGUCUUUGUCCUGUUGUGUUUGUUUUUGUAUCUUGUUGGAUGCACCUAGACAUGGAAAAUGGAAGCCAAAUUUAUCUUUAAAGACUGUAUUUUCAAAAUAAAACUCUUUUUCUUGUUCAUUUCAA